UUCUCCUCCCCUUUGAGUCCAGUAACUCAAAGGUUUCUGUUUCAAAUGCAAGAGAACCUACAGCAGGAAUAAACGCAUUUUCACUUCACGAACCUUCGGCGGUGAACAAAAUGGUGUGCCACUGUGGACUGGUGACUGGAAAAAAUGAACCAGUGCCUCUUAAGAGUAUUGAGGUGGAGGUCAAGGUAAAUGACCAUGUAGCCACUGUGAGCUCCACACUGCAGUAUGAGAACAAGGAGGAGCAACCCCUGGAGGCCAUCUUUGUGUUUCCUCUGCCAGCGGAGGCUGCUGUCUGCCACUUCAGUGCCAAGAUCGGAGAGACCGAGGUGGUGGCCCAUGUGAAGGAGAAAAAGCAGGCUCGGGAAGAGUAUGAUGAUGCGUUGAGCUCGGGCCAGCAGGCCUUCCUAUUGGAGGAGAGCGAGCAAAGCUCAGAUGUGUUCCAGUUGAACGUGGGCAGUCUUCCCCCUGGAGAGAGCGCCUCCAUCAGGCUGGAGUACGUCACUGAGCUGGCCGUGCAGGCGGACGAUGGGCUGAGGAUAUGCCUGCCUGCCGUGCUGAACCCCCGCUAUGAGCCCCAAGGUGUGAACAGUGGAGGUGGGGGCAGUGCCCAGGUGACUUCUGUGCCCGCGAGUGCUGUGCCCUACAACUUGUCUGUCAAAGCUCAUGUGUCCUCCCCUCGGCCCAUCUCUAAAGUAGAGUCUAACUGUCCCUUGGAUCCACUCAACUAUCUCAACCCGGAGCAAACCCAAGCCACGAUCAGCCUGGCUGCAGGACACAAGUUUGACCGGGAUGUUGAGCUGUUGGUUUAUUACAAAGACGCCCACCAGCCCACUCCUGUGGUCGAGUCAGGACAGGCCUCCGCUAAACCAGGCUCUUUGAUGGGUGACACGGUGGUCAUGUUGAGCCUUUACCCAGAGUUCCCCACGUCUGUGAUGUCAUCCAUGACCUCGUCUGGGGAGUUUAUUUUCCUGGUGGAUCGCUCUGGUAGCAUGUCAUGCCCCAUGCACAGAGGGGAAGGGGCACAGGAACGCAUUGGCAGUGCCAGGGACACUCUGCUGCUUUUGCUGAAGAGUCUGCCUAUGGGCUGCUACUUUAACAUCUUUGGCUUUGGCUCUAACUAUGAGUCCUUCUUCCCCAAGAGUGUGGAGUACAGUCAGCAGACUAUGGACGAUGCUCUAAAUAAGGUGCAGACGAUGGGGGCUGACAUGGGCGGAACAGAGAUCCUUGAGCCACUCAAACAUAUCUAUAGUCAGAGCUGCAUCCCUAACCAGCCCAGACAGCUCUUUCUCUUCACUGAUGGUGAGGUGGGAAACACCAAGCAAGUCCUGGAUCUAGUCAAGAAGAAUGCAAAAUCUCAUAGGUGCUUUUCUUUUGGGAUCGGAGAAGGAGCCAGCUCUGCCCUCAUCAGUGGGGUCGCCAAGGAGGGAGGGGGACACAGCCAGUUCAUCACAGGAACUGAUAGAAUGCAACCCAAAGUGAUGCAGUCGCUUCGCUUUGCUCUUCAGCCUGCUGUUGUUGACAUCGCUGUUGAUUGGAAAGUUCCAAAGGGUGUGUCUGUCACCCCUCUGUCUCAACCCAUCAGUGUGCUCUUUCAGGGUCAAAGGUCACUUAUCUAUGCCCAGCUUACUGGAGAGAGCUCAAAACAGACUGAGGGCUCUGUGACAGUGAAGUACAGCUUGGCGAAGCAGCCUGUCAAGAACCAGCUUUGCUUUAGUCUCAAACCUGCAGAGGACACUGGACUAACUGUCCAUAGACUUGGGGCUCGAACCCUGAUCCGCUCCCUGGAAGUGGAGGAGAGAGGGGGGGGUAGUGAGAAGAAGGCCACAGAGUUAAAAGACAGAGUGGUUAAUCUCAGUGUCCAAUCAGGAGUGAGCAGUGUCUUCACUGCUUUCAUUGCUGUCCACAAAGGCAGUGGGGAAGCUGUGAAGGGCCCGAUGCUUCGUAGGAAUGUCCCCACACCCAGGAUUGGAGGUGGAGGAGGUGGAGGAGGCUCAAUGCGUAUGGGCAGGUCAUGUAGGUUGAUGAAAAAAAGUACAAAAAUGUAUCAUGCUGCACCUAUGGCUAAGAUGAGACUUUGUGCAGCCCCAAUGAUAAUGUGUCACUCAGCCUUCCCCGGAGGUCGGACUGGGACCGAAAAUCAGCUCGGGACUUGUAAACGCAGUCUGUCCCGCGACCUGUGUGAACCGAGCUCAGUUUACUGUGAUGCAGGUACACAUUCAAUCAAACAUGGCUUUGAAAUGGCUGACAACUUUGAAAUGGCUGAAAACACCAUCACUGUCCCUGAACUGACCAGGGACCCUCUCUUCCAGCUGAUCUCCCUUCAGAAAGCUUCUGGUUCCUGGGUCCUAGAGACAGCCCUGGUCCUUGUGCUGGGGAAAACACUGGAGGAAGUGGACAAGACAAAGCCUGAACAGGUGGACCAGGAAGUGUGGGCCACUGUUCUGGCCCUCAUAUGGCUCCAUGGGUUCAAGAUCAAAGACCAGGACGAGUGGCAACUUCUGGCUAUCAAAGCUGUGGCAUGGAUCCAGGCCCAGAAUGUGCCCUUUGUUCCGGAGUGUGUGGCAGCUGGUAAUGCCCUGUUGGGUUGCAAGGUGCAGAAGGAGACUCUGGGACUCUGAGAAGAUCACCCUGCCUACCUUUUUCUCUUUUGUUCAUGCUCCACAUGCUGUACCUGGGCUGUACACCAACAGCAACAUUGUCAUACUCCAAGCAAUAUAGUCUUAUUGGAACUUAUUUACUGAAUAUAUCAAUACAAAUUGUCACGGUUAACAGUUGUGUAUUGUGCAUGUAACGGCAAGGCUUUAGCUAACUCAGAGAAGUUCUUAUAUAGGGCCUAUUUUAUCGUAUAGUUGCAUUUAUUCCAGAGAUUAAUUCUAGCCUCUGAGAAAUGUUUCGCUAACAAAUAU